UAGAUAAAGGAAAUUAUCAGAAAACAAGAUAACGUGCCAAGAAAAUGAUAAUAAAAAAAUAAAUAAAGAUCCUGUAAACCGUGAGGGUCAAGGAAGUGCUCGCGAGGCGGCUCGACAAGGCUGACUCUUGAUUGCAAUCAUGGUGGAGCAAUUGAGGCCAGAGGACCUACAGAGGCUCCAGAGUUUCAUCAGUGCCUGCAAACAAAAUCCUUCAAUACUUCAUGUGCCUCAGCUGAGCUUUUUCAAGGAAUAUCUUACAAGUCUGGGUGCCAAAUUGCCAGAAUGUUCGCCACCACCAAAACCUGAAGAGACGCCAAUGAAGGAACCUGAACCCACGGUAGAAGAAGAAGAGGAAGUAGAGAGUGAUGUUGAAUUGAACAAUGAAGGGGUUAUUGAACCUGAAACAGAGGAUCCUCCUGAGCUAGGGGACACAAAUAAGGUUGUGUCCGAGGAGGACCAGGAUGCAGCUAAUGAAAAGCGGUCAGAGGCGAUGAUGGCAAUGUCUGAUGGAGAUUUCCAGAAAGCUGUUGAUUGUUUCACAGAAGCUAUUAAACUUAAUCCAGGAUCUGCCAUGUUGUAUGCAAAGAGAGCAAAUAUACUGUUGAAACAGAACAGAGUCAAGGCUGCUAUCCGAGACUGUGAUGAGGCCAUCAAAUUGAACCCGGAUUCUGCAGCUGCAUACAAGUUCCGAGGGAGAGCACACAGAUUGCUGGGUAACUGGUUGCAAGCAGCGAAGGAUCUUAGACUGGCAUGCAAGUUGGACUUCGAUGAGCAGUCAGAUGAGUGGUUGAAGGAGGUCUUGCCGAAUGCAACGAAGCUAGAAGAACACAACCGAAAGUAUGAGCGCCUGAGAAAAGAUAAAGAACUUAAGGAGAAACGAGAAAGAGUGCGGCAAGCCCAAGAGGAAGCGAGAAAGGCACAAGCAGAGCAAGAGAAGGCUGGUGGAGCUUCCUUCAGUUUCCCAGGUGGUAUGCCAGGUGGUAUGCCUGGUGGUAUGCCAGGUGGUAUGCCAGGAGGAAUGCCUGAUGGUAUGCCAGGUGGUAUGCCCAACCUGGGAGAUAUCUUCAAAGAUCCUGAAAUCUUGGCAGCCAUGCAGGAUCCUGAAGUUGCAGCUGCAUUCCAGGAUGUCUCAACUAACCCUUCAAACAUUUUCAAAUAUCAGAGCAAUCCCAAAGUGUCAGCUGUCAUUAAUAAGCUCUUGGCCAAAUUUGGAGGUGGCAAAGAUAUGCCUGGUGGUAUGCCGGGAGGAAUGCCUGGUGGCAUGCCAGGAGGAAUGCCUGGUGGUAUGCCAGGUGGCUUUCCAGGUGGCUUCCCUGGAGGUUUCCCUGGUGGUUUCCCAGGGGGCCCCUCUGGAGGACCUCCUCCCUCAUCCAGUGAUGACCUCGACUAAGAAGAGUUCUCCACUUUUGAAUACAUCUAUCUCAGAGCAAAGUUUCUCUCUCUUUUUGCUAGGUUUAUUGGAAAUUUAUCACUACAAGCACGUUUUCAUGAUAUGAAGUGUUCCUCUGUGCAUGAUUAUGAAGGGAAUAUCUUAUGCAUGACAAUUAUUGUCCUUUUAUUUUAAAAUUUGAUUGUUUUUUGAAUUUCCAUGUUUUUCAUCAUUAUUGUUAAGAUUAUUAUUAAAUUGAAUACAAGUUAAAGAUUUUCUGUUUGCUGGAACUAUGUAGGAUGGGAUAAUGAUUAUACAAUACAAACGAUGAAAUAAAUAAAUGAAAAAUGUACACUUUAAAGCUAGUGAACUUGUAACAAAAAAAGUCAGCAUGUGAAUAAAUGUAAAUGUGUGUAAGAUUAUUAUUUUUUUCUUAUUUUAUCUUAUUGUUUUUUAAAAACUUAUUUUGAAGACAGUGAAUUGAAAUAAUCAAAAUUAGAUAGAUUAUGUAACCCUUUCAGGACAGAAAGAUGUUUGACUUAGACUGUCCUCAUUCACAAUGAAGUUAUCAGUUUAAAUGGUCGAGAAACUAGAAAGUACCUGUAGUACUUUGUAACAACAACCAAAAAGUGUCCUAUUGCCUUGUGUAGUUCAAACCUACCUUUAGUAGAAAAGUUAUAAAUGUCUAUAGAUAAAAUUGUUAGCAUCUGAGAGCUACUACCCAACAAAUACUGUAGAUAGAGGCAUUGGUACAGAAACCUGGUUUAUGCAGGAAAGCUAAGACAAUAUGUUCAAGUGGCAGAGUCUCAAUUAAAGACAUAUAUUGCCUGUCCUUGAGGGGUUUAACUUUAUGGAAGCCUACAUGGUUCCCUUUUUCAUUGGGACAUAUUUUGUUUUGUUUUUGUUUUUCUACAUUCCUCCGACAUAAAACCUCAUGCUUAUCUUUCUAUUAAUUGGAAUAUAUUACUAAAUACACAUAGCUAUCAAGCAAUAAGGCUGAUUUCCACUAUGAUGUGUCUUCCCUGCAAUUCAGAAAGAUGUUUGAAAGGCAGAAUUUCUAAGUUUAUUGUCCAAAAAACAAAAACAAAAACAAAAAGCUAUUUGAUAUUCACUUCUAAUUAUUAAUUGUGAGACUACAUAAGGCAUUCCUUACAUCAUCAAGUAUGAAAUUCCCUCCAUGAAGGAAUUUAUCCAAGUGAAUAUGAAAUAGAAGUGAUUUGAUGCAUAGGUGUUCAGUGUGUGUUAAAUAUGGUAAUGCUAAUGAAAAAGAUUUGUCAAUCUGAGUCCAUAAUUUUAGGGUUUAAGUAACCGCCAUUUGUCCAAAGAAGGUCACUAUAAAUGGUGCAUUGUCACAUAAGAGUUUUGGUGCUGCAAGGUGGUAUUUGGAAAAGCUUCUAAUUUUGAAAGGGCGUACCAGAAGAGUGGUAUGUGAAUUCGACUUAUGUAUCCACUUUCUGUAAAGGCCUGCCUACAUGAUUGAGCUCAGUCCGGUGGGCAUUGCCCACCACUGGGCUAGAUUUCUGGAAGAGUUGUGUUGUUGUCCACAGUUUUCUCCUUGAGUUUCUGUUUCUAGAUAGCCUGUUUAAGUGAAUUACUAGUGAUAACUGGAAUAUAAUGAUAUAUACUGUGGAUACUGGCAAGGUAAGGUUAUUAUAACAGAAAAGUAAUAAAAAAAAUGAAAAUUCAUAUGGAUAUUAGAUGGCAGUGUCUUGUAAUUUUGAAUAACAAAUGGCCUGCGUGCACAAGCAGCAACCACAUGGGCAGUAUUAUUGGAAGCCUUCAUGUAGAGAGGUCUCAUAUAGAUGGAUCAGACUUAACUUAUUGCAACAAAUUUAUUUUGAAAUAAACUUUUAGAUUUUAUCAACAUUGUAGGUCUUUAGAAGAGAAGGGAUAAUGGAGAAUAGUGUAAUUCAGGGAGGGAGUACUGGAUAUUAGGUUUACACAGACCUUAUACAGAGGUCAUGGGUUGAGUUUCCUCUUCAGUGCAACAUUUCUUGAGAGUUGGAUUUUUCACAAUCUGUAUCUCUUAUCCUCCCCCUACUUUACAGAACAAGCCCAAGUUUCCCUUCCACUAUUUUUAAAGAUAUAAUAAUAUAAACUUUAUUGGAAAUUGAAUUUAGUAGAUUGACAAAUUUUCCUGGUAGAAAUAUGUCUGGGCAUUGGCUAAUGUAAUAGGAAAAUAGCUCAAGAAAAAUAAUUACGUAUUUGUUGAUUUUCUUGUGUUCCUUUUUUUCUUAGGCAAGAUGUAUUAGAACAUCACCUUUGUGCUUUUAUGAUCUUCCUCCACCGGGUGCCAGGUGUGAGAGAGAGAUCCUGUUGCAGAUGGUGUUCAUAAUAGCAGUGGGUAAUCCAGAUUUAGUUAGAAAGGCAUCAUGAAUUGUACUGAAGCAGAUGUUUAUUUGUAAAUAAAAAGGAAAAAGGA